AUGGCGGCAGAUUGGGGGCCGGUGGUGGUGGCGGUGGUGCUAUUCGUGGUACUGUCGCCGGGAUUGCUAUGCCAGCUACCGGCGAGGGGGCGAGUGGCAGAGUUUGGCAACAUGCAAACGAGCGGCAUCUCUAUUCUUAUCCAUGCCGUCUUCUUUUUCGUCCUCAUAACCAUCUUCUUACUCGCUGUCGGUGUCCAUGUCUACUCCGGGCGAUGAUAUGCACAUCGACGUCCAUCGCCCAUAGCUUAAUCCCUCUCCUUUGAUUUCUGAUUUAUUCCUCUUCUUCGAAUGUUGUUUUGCCUUACCUGGUGAAGAUUAACUACAAGCAGUGAAAUUUGUUAGAUAUCAACUGUAAUCUUAUGUGUUGGUAUUCAUCAAAAUGAAUUAAUUCAUUGAUUUUAGCUAUCACAAAGCCAAGCAUUAUUAUCUAGUUCCGGUGCAAUGGUGCAAUGGUUAAACCUUUUAACGGAUAAUUAAGGGAUUUAAGGUUUGAAUCUUAG